GCUUCCUGGACUAAUCAGGACUUCAAAGAAACUUUUAGAGUACAAAGGCCUACAUUUGAAUGGAUGUGUUGCCAACUAGAACCCCAUUUGUUGAGGAAAAAGUGGAGGACAAAUCCAGUUGGUGUCAAAAGGCAAAUAGCCAUUACCCUCUGCAGACUAGGAACUUGUGGUGAAUUACGCAACUUAGCCCAUCUGUUUGGACUUGCAAAAUGCACUGUGUGCAUGAUUAGUAACCGAGUUGUUCGGGUGAUUAAUCUAGUUUUCAAAAUUAAAUUCCCUACCCACAGAGAAAUUGAAGAAAUUGCUGGGCUUUUUUACGAAGAUGGUGGUGUUCCUGGGUGUUGUGGCAGCCUUGAUGGUUCACAUAUACCAAUCAUAGCUCCUCUUUAUCGCCCUAAAGAUUAUUUUAACAGGAAACAACGUUACAGCAUUGUGCUGCAAGCUGUUGUUUCUGCAACUUAUAAAUUUAUAAAUGUAAAUGUUGGUUGGCCUGGAUGCGUCCACGAUGCAAGAGUCCUGAAAAAUACAGGACUGUUUCAUCAUGGGCAGAUGGGGACUUUGUUACCUCAAUCAGUAAAAAUAGGUUCCCAAAUCUACCGCCCAUUCUUGGUGGCAGAUUCAGCUUAUCCUUUAUUAACAUGGAUUAUGAAGCCAUUUGGAGGGGGGCAGCUCAAUUUACAGACAACGGCUUUGAAUCAGAAGUUAAGCCACUCCAGAGUGAAAGUGGAACAAGCCUUUGGGAUGUUAAAGGGUAGGUUCAGAUGUCUAUUAAAAGAAAAUGAAUCUGCACUAAAGAAUGUUGUGCGACAAGUGCUGGCAUGUUGUGCAAUUCAUAACAUUUGCAUUGAUCAGGAGGACAUGGUCCUUGACGAAUGGAGAGAUUUUGUUCUUCUCAACGUAGAAUCUGAAUCUGAUGAUGAUGAGUCAGAAGAUGAUGAUGCACCUGUCACUACUCUUCCUUCUGGCAUGACAGCAACUGCCAUUCGGGAAUCGUUACUUGCUUUUGUUUAAUCAUAUUUAUCGCAUAUUAUUGAUUUGUUUCAGCCAUUGUAUAUACUAGUAGCAUUUUUUACCUUUUAUGCAGACAAUCCGCUGUUAUUAUGUUACCCUACUCUGCGGAAUGCUUAUUUUAUGCUAAACGUAAUCAUGUUGUACUAUAUACUUUUUGUGUAAAUUGUUUAGUUUUGUAAAA